AUGGGUCUCAAGGACCAAAAGGAGCUUUUCAACAAUAUGAAACAACAUGUACAAGAAGCUUGCAUCCAGCACAACCUCGACGUCAUGAGGAACAUCACUGAACACCCUCCUGCCCUCCUCUUGAUGAUCUACAAGCAGGUCAAGGAGAAGUCCCCACAGCUUGCUGCCUUCAACAAGGACUGGGCCACCCAAGCAAUGAUCCAGCAGUUUGCAAAAAACAGGAAGUAUAACACUUGCAAGAAGGAAGCAGGUAUUGCAGCAGAGAGGGCCAAUUUGGUGUGUGCACUGGAGGAGCAGGAUGAGGACAAGGAACAGGCUGAGAAUACCAAGGACUUUGCAUUGUAA